CGCGCUUUACGGCGGCGGCGCGGAGGUCGCUGCUGCGGCGGGCGGCGGGGCCCGGUGGCGCCAUGGAGGGCGGCGGCAACUCCAAGGGCACGGGCCUCGGCGGCCUGUUCGGCGCCGGCGGGGUGGGCUACUCGCACGCCGACCUGGCCGGGGUGCCACUAACUGGAAUGAGCCCUUUGUCCCCGUAUUUAAACUUGGAUCCCAGGUAUCUAGUCCAGGAUACAGAUGAGUUUAUUUUGCCCACAGGAGCCAACAAAACUCGAGGCAGAUUUGAGUUGGCCUUUUUUACCAUUGGAGGAUGUUGCAUGACAGGGGCAGCAUUUGGUGCACUGAAUGGUUUGCGACUUGGCUUGAAGGAGACACAAAAUAUGGCGUGGUCAAAACCUAGAAAUGUACAAAUUCUAAAUAUGGUGACAAGGCAAGGAGCAUUAUGGGCCAACACUCUGGGAUCUCUGGCUCUACUUUACAGUGCGUUUGGAGUCAUAAUUGAAAAAACACGAGGUGCAGAAGAUGACCUGAACACCAUAGCUGCUGGAACCUUGACAGGAAUGCUAUACAAAAGCACUGGUGGAGUGCGUGGGAUAGCACGAGGUGGCAUUGCAGGUCUGACGCUUACUGGCCUCUACGCUCUCUAUAACAACUGGGAGCACAUGAAGGGCUCCCUAACCCGGCAGUCCCUCUGAGCAGGGCAGCCAGCGCUGGGCAGAGGACACGCUUGCGUAGUCACCAAUCAAAUCAGUUGCGAGAUCUGUCUGGUGCCCCUUCCUAUUUUAUUUACAAUUAGUGUGAAACUGAAGGAAGCUAUACUGGAAGGAACCUUUUGACACCGCAUAGCUGGACUGGCCCUUUCCUUUCUGCCAGCCAGUCGCUGGAGAGGCAGCAAUAUUUGUUGGACCUGCAAGUGAGCAGAGUGGCCACCAAGAUAGAGUCUCCCUGACACGCUCACCAGCUAGCCCUGGGCCAGAGCUACGAGGCAUGCUCAAGUCCCAUAGCUGUACCUGCUGCGCUGCCAGGUUUGUUCGGUUGCGUGAGCUACAAUGCUAGCGCUGUGUAAUAAAGUCUGUGUCCAUAGAACUAUUCACUGCGGUCUUCCAGCGUGCAUCGCCCGGCCAGCCAGCGCGUUAAGUAGCAGCUGGCACAGGGCAAGGCUUGCUGCUCUGACAGCGCAGGGUAAGCUGUAAAAAGGGACAUCGUCAUUAAUAAAAAGGGUGGUACUGAUGCAA